AUGUCAUCCUACAGAAUCAUCGGCGUCUCGCCUUCGACAUGUACUCAGCGUACACUGUUCACCGCUUAUGAGCGUGAAGCCACAGUUGAGCUUGUGCCGUUAGAUUUAAUGGGUGGUGCUCAAAAAAAGCCAGAACAUUUGGCGAAACAGCCGUUUGGAAAAAUUCCAGUGCUUGAACAACAAGAUUUUGUGCUGUACGAAUCACGUGCCAUUGCCCGCUUUAUCAACGAUACGGCAACCGGUGGU